AUGUCACAUUCAAAGACCGAUAAUGAAAGACUUCAUGUUCAGCACUGUUUUUGUUAUCACCAACCAACACCUAUUACAAACAAGGAUGUACCCAUUUGCUUCUUCAUUACUAGCAGAGAAAUAGCAACUGUCCUGGUCAAGUGGCUCAACUGGGUCAAGGAAAAUACCAACGUCAAUUCCCAAAGAAUUAUGAUUGAUUGUAGUACAGCCGAAAUCGAGACUUUGAGACAGCCGUUUUCUGGUCAGGUUGGCAUUCUUCUGUGUCAUUGGCGCAUUAAGCGUACUCAGGAAAAGCAUCUGAAGACUGAUGUGAAAGUUAUAGGUGAUACCCACGAAUCUGUUCGUGCUAGAGAUAGCAUUCGAAUUACUAUUCAUAGGAUGAUGCAUGCCGAAAGCAUUGAGGCUUAG